AUGGAGGAGAACAACGAGAUUGGACCUCUUACAAAGCUCAGAGAUAUCUCCGUCAAUUAUAUGACUCCCGGCACUGUCAAGGGAUUCCGCCGGCGAUGCGCUCCGGUCCGUUGUUCAGGUCGGUAAAUUUAUUCUGUUUUAUCUGAAAAAUUUAGACCCAUUUGAAGAAUGUUUCCUUGGCGAUGAGAUCAUAAAGAAGAUAUUUGACGAUCUGAGUCUUCGAGAUCUUGCCAAUUUGAUGUUGGUCUGCAAGAGGUUCUACCGAAUUGUGUAAGCCUUACAAUUUCUUUUUUUUAUCCGCUUUUUAGAUCGAGUCUUGAAUCAUGGGAAGUAUUGCUUAUCCGAAGAGCUAUUAUGGAUGUUGAUUCUUUCCACAAAUUGCUUUCUCGAGGCGUUAGGAAGAUCGAAAUGCAUUCUCCAUGCGCGGUAAUUAUUGAUUAAUGGGAAUGGAUAAGAAAACAAUUUCAGAUUUACUCAGACUUGACAAUCAACCCUCGGAACCACUACGAUCAUCUUGUUCAUCUUGAUUUGGCCAAUGUUUCAUAUGAAAGUCCUUGUUUGCUUUCAGUUCUUGAAAGAACUUCUAAUUUACAGGUGAUCGUAAUGUAAUCUGAUAUAUUUUUUUUAGAUUCUAAACAUUGCAGAUUACCCAUAUUUGGAUUCAGAACACUGCACGGCUAUUGCAAAAAAUGAGGAUCUAUUUGUUCUAAACAUUGAACAGUGUAAAGGAAUUACCUUGGAUGGGCUUUCGUCUCUCUGUAAAUGUGAAAAGUAAGUGAAGCUUAAUUUGUGUUAUCUAUCCUUUAGUUUACGAGAAUUGAAUGCAGCUUGGGCCCAGUUUCCUUCAGGUGGAGCUGCCGUUAUUUGUAAGGUGAUUCCUGUUGGAAUCGAAAGAUUGAGCAUUGCUGGAAGGGAUUACAACGAGUUGCCGGAUCUCUGUAAGUGUAGUACAGCAUUUUAAUAUGUUUUUCAGUGGUUGAAUUGUUGUUAAAUCGUUGUGGGAACCUGGUUGAAUUGGAUGUGUCCGAUUGCCCGAAUCUUACUCAUGGUUUAAUCGAUCAUUUCAAUCUUCAUCCAUCUUUGAAGAUCUUGUCCAUUUGCAGAUGUUACAGUAUUAAUCCUGAGGCCUUACUGUAAGUCAAUUGAAAAGUUUAAACAUUUUUAAAGGAAUUUGGAUGGAAUGAGCGUAUUGAAUAUAUAUGGAUGUGUCACUGAUGAAGGCGUACCUGUUGUAAAACGUAGGUUAAGAGACACCAUCGUAAACCUGAGUCCCUUGAUUAAUAUUGCUCAGCCAUCCAUCCAGAUCGAGGAGGAAUAA